CCUCCACCCCAUUCGCCCGAGCUCCGGCGAUAUCAAGGCGAUCCCCGUCGAUUUCGGCUUCAAGACGAUUUUUAUCGCCGGUAAGGCGGUGGAAGCCGGGCGGUAGGAGCGGGAAUCGCUCGCUCGGCCGCCGGCCUGCCGCGGACGCCGGUAAACGUCGGUAAAUCGGUGGUUUCCGGCGGUAGGGCGGCGAUUACCGACGGUAUGGUGUCGGUAGAGACACCGGUGUGGCCGUCGUGGAGCGGGAUCCGCUAAUACCGAGCGGUAUUUGGAGAUUCCCGAGCGGUUUUCGUCGCUUUUGGACCGAUACACCAACACUUCAGAGGGCAGCGAUGCGUCUACUCUCACAAUGUGCGUCCUCAAGUGGAUGUGAAAGAAAUUGGAGUACGUUUGCCUUCAUCCAUACAAAGCUACGCAAUAGGAUGUGUCACAAGAAGCUCCACAAAUUGGUGUUUGUCAACUACAACCUUCGGCUUUGUAUCCAGGGUGCUAAAGCCACACCUGAGCCAAGUGACUUCGAUCCUAUUGCCGGUAUGAUGGACCUCUCAUUGUAUAGGCAACAAUCAGCUAUUCGCAAGUGGAUGGAGCUAGGGAGGUCCAAUGCAGCGCCGGCUUUGGAUGAGGAUUCUGAUUUAAGUGACACCCCAGUUCCUAGCACCAUCGUUACAGAUAUUGCACGUGAUAUUCCAGAGCUACGGAAUUUGGAUGUACGUGAAUGGGCAGAAGAGACUGUUGGUGACACACAUGUUGGUAAGAGGAAGACACGUGUUGGACCAUCGGAUCGGCAAAGGAAGAAAGGAAAAAGACAGGAUGACAUUGAAGAGGAAGAAUUUAGAACAGAUGACAGCACACCUGAUCCUAGUGUCGGUGAUGAUGAUGAUCAUGAUGAUGGGGGUGACGACAGCAGCACCGAUGCUAGUGAUGAUGGGAUUGGCAGUGGGGGAUAUGUAGGCGGAGGUGGCGGGGGUGAUGAUGUAGUUGGAGGUGGAGAGGGUAUGAGGUUUACCGGGGAGAGCCAGUUCACUCAUGCCACACAAGAUACGGAUCAUGGUGCACCUAGCUCACAACGACAGACUAGAAGCAGUGCACGUCAUUCUAUUCCCCAUGAUGAUGAUAGCUCUAGCUCAGUGAACACAGACUAUACUUAUCCACACUAUCCAUAUGACCAACCAUAUGCAUAUCCAUCAUCACAUCGAGUACCCUAUUUGCCACCCCCCUAUGUUGGCUAUACAAGCACCAACAUGCAAGAUGCUUACAAUGUGCAGGCUCAAGGAUAUGCGACAUAUGGUGCCUAUGGUGCAUAUGGGGCCUAUGGAGCCUAUGACAAUAGCUCAUAUCAACAGGAUGAGACUGAAGAAUAAACUCCAUGUGGUAUGUAUUGUGUGAACUACUAUGUAUUAUGUAUAUUGACGAUGAUGGUUUGUAAGGACUACAGUUGUGAUGAUUUGUAUGGACUAUGAUUGUGAUGACUUGUAUGGACUGUAGUUGUGAUGAUUUA